GGGGACCGCUGGCGGCCCGCCUGGGACAGAGCGACUCCUUUGUGGCCAAAGGCAGCUGCAGCCUUCCUCAGCUUCCUGGGAGGCCGCCUUCAAUUCUGAACUGGUUCCUCGAAGCCACGAUGGGGUUAACGUUAAGGCUGUUUGGGACCUCCCCUCCCUCCCUCCCUCCCAGCUGCUAGUGCUCCUCAGGGACUGGGGAGCCAUCUGCCUUGUUGGGAGGCACAUCUGCCUUUAAGGCUGCCAGGAGGCGCUUUAGUUGUAGCAGCAACUCUCCAUCCUUUUGGUGAGUGGCGGCCUUGGUCUAGCCUUGCGUCCACCAGGGUGGUUGCUGGUUAUUGCUUGCUGCUGGUUUUGCUGGGUGGGAUUUUCAGGCUCAAGAGACUGAAGGUUGCUGGUGGUUCUGGACCAGGAGAGAGACUUGUGGCAACUGCCAAGAGGGGAAGCUGCACUCAGAAAUACAAUGGACUGGGGGCUGCAGGGUUGGGCCCUGCCUAUCGCCCUUAGUCACCCCAUUCAGCCGUCUUUCCGAGAACCAUUGUUUAACGCAUUGUAAGCCGCCCUGAGUCUCCGGAGAAGGGCGGCAUAUAAAUCAAAUAAAAAAACAAAACAAAACAAAACACCAGAUAUUUGAGCCCCAGCUUUUCCUGGAAUCUGGAGAGCAAUUCUGAAAUUCCCUCCUCACUCAAUACAUGGGAAGAGCCCAUCUGGCUGUGGAGCAGGCAAGACUGAGCAAGAGAUGGGCUCCUAUCGAAUUCAGGCUGGAAUGAGGGGAGCUGCAUCCUCAGCUACCAGAGGGCUGCUAUCUGCCCUGCUCCAAGAUUCAUUCUGGCCCCAGGGUACCUUGGCUUGGAAAGGAGGCCAACCUUCCGGGCUCACAGAAAAAGUGGCAGAUGGGCUUGCAGAGAAGGGUCACCGGCCUCCUCCUCCUCCGCCGCCGCCUCUUCCUAGGGAGGAAUGUGCAUCCCCGCCUCCGGUUGCUGAUAUUUUCCUUGCCUAGAAAGGAUUCUUCGAGGUGGGGGUGGGGAGCCUGGCCUAGCUAUAAAAGAGACAUCUCCAAUCCUCCCAUGAAAGGAGCGAGUUACCAUCUGGGUUGCUUUUUUGCCUCCCCAGGGAAUCUGGGAGGGGAGCAGCUCAGCUGGUAGGUUGAUGCUCUGAUCCAGAGGCUUCUUGGUGUGAGGGGCAGCAGUGCUGUGACUAUCCUCUUCCUCCCCCCUGCAUAUUUACAGGGAGGUUGCAGAGAAAGGUUUUUGCACUGGAGGCUUUUAAGAAAACUGAACAGCCAUUUGUCUGGAAUGGUGUAGAUAGGGUCUCCUGCUUGAGCAGGGGGUUGGACUAGAAGACCUCUGAGGUGCCUUCCAAUUCUGUUAUUCUGUUAAGGGGUACAGAUGGAACCAGGCUCUCCCAACUGGAUCAAUUACUUAUCGCGUGGUGGGCAAAAUAGGCGCAAUGGGUACUUAUGCUCCCAGGAAAAGCAGCAACCACAUCUCUGGGAUAAUGCGGGGGUGGUAUGCUCUUCGUCUUGCCUAAAAAGGGGGAUACAGGAAGAUGAGAUGCCAGAUGAAGUCAAUAUUGAUGAUCUCCUGGAGAUGGACACAGAUGAGGAGAGGGCCAAGAAAUUACAGGGCACCUUGGAGUCAUGCCACAACAACACGGAGGACUUCACCAGAGAGCUGCUGGAGAAGCUGAGAGGUCUCAGAACAGAACAUGUUCUCCGCCGGACAAGUCCCAGCAGCCAGAGGAGCAUGGACCAGGGGCCCAAAGUCCCACAGUGACUGUGAUGCUGGAGAGCUGCAGAGACGGCUGAGCUGCUGGAAGAACUUGCUGCUGUCUCCCUGUCUCCAGUAGGAUGGACUGGCUCCAUGGCUUCAACCACCUCCACCCUGCCGGGAAGGUCUCCUGGGCCCUUUUGAACUUCUCUCUCUUGAUGGAUGACAGGCUCUGCUGGGCUGCCUCCCCACAAUAAAGUGCUCUGUCUCCCAGAAGCUCAACUGUUGCCUCUGCCAGAGCAGGGUGGGGGAGACGGGACCUUAUGUUGACUGGGACCCUUGUGAGAGAGAACCUGGCAGGAUAGAGUUUGCCCCCUGUAAAGUGCUCUGGACUUUUCUGGCCAUCACCCAGAAGCUGCGCCUGUGUUUGCACACUCUUGGCUAGAUUUUUUCUGGCUGGGCAUGUUUGGCACAGUCUGCCUGAUUAUCCAGGGCCAUGAAAACUCAGAAACGGGUUCCUUGCCCAAUCCAUCCUUCAGCAGCCCCCCCUGUAGCCGGUGAGGUGAGGUGAAGGCAGCAGGCUUUACUAAAGUCUCACAGCUGUGACUCCAGGUGGGUCUAUGACAAUUUGCCACGGCCAACUUGCCAUGGCCAAUUAACUGUGGGACAACUUGCUCCGGGACAAGAGUUAUACUAAUAUCAAAGAAAUAGUGGAAUAGAAUAAUUAAAGGAUGCAAAAGGAGGGACAGAAUGAAACGCGAAUUGCAAAAAUUAAAGUAUUUUUUUAUUUAUUUUAAAUAACGAAAUAGAAUAAAUUGUCCUGCAGCAAGUUAUCCCAUGGUGAGUUGGUCACAGCAAAUUGGCCGUGGUGAGUUGUCCGUGGAAUAGUUGCCCCAUUCCGACCCCAGCCAGCCUUUCCAUGUUUCAGGCAACCCCCUCAGUCAGAUAGAGGCACUGAGUCCUGUUUCCCCCCUCCCCACACUCAGCUGGGACCCAGAGUGGGUUUUCCGGGUUAGAAGCUGCUUCAGGAGUCCAACAGCACUUUGUGCUUCCUUCUUGCCGGGGUGGAGAUCUGCGUGGUCCACCAGGAAGUCAGGGGUCCCACAUGUUCAGCCCACCUGCCGGCAACUGGGCCUGCGGCAGCCCUCUCAAUCCAGGCCGUCCUUGUAGCUUCUGGAUCCCCCAGCAUUAUCUGGCUAUCGAAGGCCUUCUCCCAGGCCCCACAGAUGUCUGUGUGCAUAUGGCUUCCCAUGUGCCUCCCCCACUUCCCAUUACUGUCUCUGCAAGUCAAUGUGUGCCAGCUACUGCCUGCCUCAGUCCAACCCAGAGUGGCAGGGGGAGGGAGGGAGAUCCUUUCCCCAGGGAGGGAGGGAAGAUGCUUGCAAAGGGAAGCUGGGCCAGGCCCUCCCUCCCUCCCAUGGCUGGUCCAGCAGACACUGGAGCCUCUGAAGCUUGUGCCCUUAUUUGGGAACAGGCAGAGGCUGGAGAGGGGAGGGACUUGCUGUCCAGCUCAGCUGGGCCCUUUUGUCCUCCCUUGGCCUAGAUGCCCACAGCCUGCCCUCCCGCCCCAAGAAAGGGCUUUUUCUCCAGAGGGGGUUGGCAUGAGGGGGAGUGCUGGACAAGGGCAGGAGGAGAGCUCAGUCGGCAUUGGGGGCUCCUUUUUUAUGGGCUGCUCUGGCAAAUGACUUUUAUCUCAAUUCUUCCUCCUCCUCUUCAAAAAAAUUCUUAUUGAAAAUUUAAAAGAGAAAUGACCCCCAAGCCCCCAUAGUAUACAAAAUGUGUAAAAAAACAGUAAUAUUCAACAAUUAUGAAAUAGUAUUAACAAAAGGAGGGAAACGGCCUUUUCAAAAAUAGAUAAGUCACACUUCCUGAAUACAAUCUUUGCUACUGACCACUUUUCCAAUCUCUCAAUAUAAUUCUCUUGGUUAUUCUGCACAACAAAUAAACCUCUCAGAAACACCCCUGUGAUCAAGUUCCACAGUUUUGUAAUAUAGUUCAAAAUAACAUUGACAAAUGUAACUUGAAAACUUUUACAUCCAUCUACUUAAUGUAUGUUAAAAUAUUAUUCCAAAAAGAAACUCAAAUUAGAUAGUUCCUUGGCACAAAACAUCAAAACUUUAAUCCCAAUCUGUAUAUAAUGUUAAUUGUAUAAUGUGCAAUCCCAAAGUUAACAUUGAAUUAACUCACUUCAUCGUCUUUUACACUUUAUUGUUUUAUAGUGAGGUGAAUUGUUUAGUGUCCGAAUACAAUGGGAUUAAGUUUCUGUGUAUGUAUAAAUGCAUUUGGGUCAAACAUAAUUGUUUAGUUUUGCAGAUGUUAUGUUUUAUUGUUAUGUGCUGUUUGCCACCCAGAGUUGCUGUAGUGAGAAGGGCAGCUGUACAUGAAUCAAAUAAAUAAACAGGAGUGGCUUGAGCAAGUUCAACAUA